AUGCGCGUCGGCCAGCCUCAACAACCGUCUUUUUUUGUGCUUGAUACUGGCAGUGAUGUUACGUGGCUUCAAUGCCUGCCCUGUGCUGGUAAGAAUGGUUGUUAUGAACAAAUAACCCCGAUAUUUGACCCAGAAUUGUCGUCUUCUUACAAUCCAGUGUCUUGUGAUUCGGAACAGUGUCAAUUGUUGGAUGAAGCUGGUUGCAAUGUCAAUUCUUGUAUCUACAAAGUUGAAUAUGGGGAUGGAUCAUUCACAAUCGGUGAACUCGCCACCGAAACGUUAACAUUUGUACAUUCUAAUUCCAUUCCUAAUAUCUCGAUUGGUUGUGGCCAUGACAACGAAGGCCUCUUCGUUGGGGCCGAUGGUUUAAUUGGCCUCGGUGGUGGGGCCAUUUCCAUUUCUUCUCAAUUAAAAGCAUCAUCAUUUUCAUAUUGUCUAGUCGACAUAGACUCACCAUCAUUCUCCACUCUUGACUUCAACACAGACCCACCAAGCGACUCACUCAUCUCCCCACUUGUUAAAAAUGAUCGAUUUCCCUCAUUUCGAUAUGUGAAAGUAAUUGGAAUGAGUGUCGGCGGAAAGCCUUUACCGAUUUCCUCGUCAAGAUUUGAAAUCGACGAAUCAGGAUUGGGGGGAAUAAUUGUGGAUUCUGGAACGACUAUAACACAACUACCAAGUGAUGUGUAUGAAGUGUUAAGAGAAGCGUUCCUGGGGCUAACAACGAAUCUCCCACCGGCACCAGAGAUAUCACCGUUUGAUACUUGUUAUGACUUAUCAAGUCAGUCGAAUGUGGAGGUGCCAACCAUAGCAUUUAUUUUGCCAGGGGAAAACUCGCUACAACUACCAGCAAAAAAUUGUUUGAUCCAAGUGGACUCAGCUGGAACUUUCUGCUUGGCGUUUGUUUCAGCAACAUUCCCGCUUUCUAUCAUUGGAAAUUUCCAACAACAAGGAAUACGUGUCAGCUAUGACUUGACCAACUCCCUCGUCGGCUUCUCGACUAAUAAAUGUUAA